AUUUUAUUCCUGCGGGGAAAAGGGAAAAGACCAAUCAAAUAUACGGAUACUAGCAUGUGGAGCGGCUACCUAUGAAAGCCUAGUUGCUACAGCAUCGAUUUAGUAUCUUACCAGGCAAGAAAGAUGGAGGAAAUAGACGAAUCUCCUCCUGUUUCUGAAGAGCUGGUGCCAUGCAAAAUAUGUGGAAGAAAUUUCUUUUCAGGGGUUCUUAAAAAACAUGUGCCCAUCUGUCAGAAGUCAGCAGCAAAGAAAAGGAAGGUGUUUGACUCCAGCAGGCAAAGGGCGGAGGGGACAGAUAUUUCUACUGUUAAACCCUUAAAACCAAAGUUACACAGUUCCAGCAGCUCUAAAUCUGAUAAACCUGAACCACCCAAGAAGCAGUCUAAUUGGCGGCGAAAGCAUGAAGAAUUUAUUGCAACCAUACGAGCUGCCAAAGGCUUGGAUCAAGUUAUGAAAGAUGGAGGACCCCUUCCUCCACCCCCUCCUCCAUCCUAUGAUCCAGAUUACAUCCAGUGCCCGUAUUGCCAGCGGCGCUUCAGUGAGAAUGCAGCAGAUCGUCAUAUAAAAUUCUGUAAAGAAAAAGCAUCCCGAAUCUCCAACAAGAGCAAGGUUCCUGGAAGUGAUAAAGUCAAGCCCCCUGCUAGGACUCAGUACAAACCUCCUCCACCAGUGAAGGUCAACUCUCCUGCUGUACCCACACUGUCCUCCUCUCGUCUACCUCAGCGCUCAACCUAUGGGCAGGGUGCUGGCACAGGUAUUCCCAGCAGUAAAACCUCAUCCACAGGCUCAGUGAGAAGUAUGUCGUCCGGAUACUCUCCUUUACGGAACACCUCCUCUGGCCUCACAAGCCCUCCUUCUGAAGUGAACAUGAAACCAAAAGGCUUGGUUUCUCAAAGCUCCCUAAAAAGUCCAUCCUCUGGAAUAGGGAUGAAUAAAAAGAAGGUCCAAAAUUCAGACAACUUUAAUUCAAGGAAUGAUGUGAAAAACGAGAAUGAAAUCGGUUACUCCACAACGGGCGCCAAGUUCUGCCAUGAAUGUGGGACCAAGUACCCAGUGGACUGGGCCAAGUUCUGCUGCGAGUGUGGGAUUAAAAGAAUUUGCCUUUAAAAAUAAGUAACAGAAAGACUGACACACUGUUAGCCCCAUAAUCCAUGUGCAUAAAUUUCACCUCUAUUUAAAUAGAUUUACACCCCCACCCCCCAUAUACAGUCUACCCCCAAGUGCAAUAUGAUUGGUUACUGCUACAAAAGAAGUAUUAUUUUAUAUCACCAUCAUAGGUAUGAUAAAAAAUAUUUUGAUGUUAAAUUGAUUUUGAGUCAAUAGAUGGGCCUUUAAGGGGGACCAUAUUGUAACGUGCAACCAUUCUAAUGGUUUCAUGGUAAUAACUUAAUGUAGUAUUUCUAUGUGAGAGACUGAAUAAUUUAAGUGCUAUCAUUUAAUUUAAAAUAAAAUUAUUUGUUUGUUUGUUUGUUUUUAUGUUGAAAAGGUGUCUAGGGUUCUAGGUUAAGUAGGUUGAAAAACAAUUCUUACACUGAGCAAUCAAAUAUUUCACUUUGAGUUUUUUUAUAUACAUUCUCAAUUGUUUAUUUUUUUUUUGUGUGUUUUUAACAGUAUUCAAAAUGUCAUGUAGAAAUUGUCAAUUGUAGAUGUACAAUCCAUCACAUAUCUGUUGAAUCUGGCCAAAAGUUACACACAUAAAUUCAGCUUUUAAAUGUAAAAUCAACUGAAUUGUAGUUUCUGAACCAUCCUACUACAACAUACAUUAAGUAGCUUUAAAACUAUAUUCUGUUGCUGCAGAGCCUUUAAGCUUUAUCACUACUGUCAAGGGUGAGAGAGGUUAUGCAUUUAGAGCAUCACUCUGCACCUUGCUGCGCUUGUACUUCUGCGGUGCUGCUGUCCGCAUACAUUAUAGCUUAUGAAUACCCGUGACCUAGAUUAUUACAGAAAAUUAGCAGUUUUAGGAUUGAAUGGUAAACAUGUCUCCUGAAUUAAACUGAACCUACAAAAAUAAAGUGGGAAACAGAGUUCA